AUGGUGAAGAUAGUAUUAGACAUUGCACCAGUUCUUGACCACAUCACUUCCUUUGAGAAAUAUGGAGGGUUUCUCAUCUACAUUUUCAUUAUCUUCCAGUUGGGGUAUUGCUUUCACUAUAUAAUGGACCGGUAUAUUAUUCCAACAUUUAACGGCUUUUGUGUCAUUUCUAUUUAUAUAUUACACACUAAAAUCCACGUCCCUUUUCUUAUGUCAAUAGCGCACACUCUUCCUGAAAUAAUAAUUGUUGUAUUUGGUGUUUUGUUCAACGAGUAUUACGCGUUGUCUGCUGGGAUGGUCAUUGGGUGUGUAUUAUGUGGAACUGUUGUAUGUUCCGGAGUCACUUCAUUCAACUCGCACAACCCAAUCAAAGUGAAUCCGUAUGCUUACGAGAGAGACUCUAUUAUUCUACUCUUUGGUCUGUUACUCUAUUCGUUGUUUGCCAUUUCAUUGCAUUCAAAUAACGGCGAUGACCCGAUCGGGACGAUGUGUUUGUGGAUAUCUUUUGGCACGUACCUCAUUCACUACGUUAUUGCACAGAUCACCACAAGAAUGUUAAGUCGGUCUGUAGUGAAAGAGCCACAGACAGACGUGCCAUCAGAGACAGAAGGAGUAGUCAAGGCUGGUCUUGUCUUAGUGAAGUCUUCUGAUUAUAGUGAAGCGAUGUUUACUGAAUCGCAGUGGGCAGAGUUGUGGGUAGACAUAUACAUGGACGAAAUCGUUGUUCGUGAGGGAUCGACAAAUAGGUGUGACGAGCUCUUCAAAGUUGAAAUGAAGGACAUUAAAGCUUGUGUUAUAGAUGAUGUAGAUUCGACUAUAUUUGAAAUAGUGUUGUAUGAUAGGCGAGAGAUAGGGAUGCGGAGUUCGCAUCGGGCGCAAUGGGUUGGGAUCUUAAAUUGCCUGAUAUCGAAUAAUAAAGAGGAAGGAAAAAAACAAGUUGGUCUUCUUGAUAUAACAAAAUGGUCUAAAAUACGACAGAGAGAUGUCCAAGGCUUUGAGAAAUAUCUUUUUUUUGUUCCGAUCAUGGUAAUGAAAUAUACGAUACCACGGUUCAAUUUUGUAUGUUCAGGAAUACUCACUUUUGUGGUCAGUCUGGCGUACUUGGCAAUAAUGGGAUUUGGGUUGUUUGUUGUGUCAUUAAGGCUCUCUGCAGUACUCAAUGUGUCGAGAGAAGCACUCGGAAUAUCGUUGUGUUCUGUAAUAGGAAUAGGGAUGCGGCACAUUAUAAAUGGAUGGAACGCAGGGUUUAAAGGAUGUGGAGAGGUUGCUGUAGGUAAUGGGUAUUAUCAAGGGUUGUUCAAUAUAUGUGUUGUCCUUGUAGUUCCAUGGACGAUAUUCUAUGUAGUCUUGGGGAUGUCAGUGAACCACGCGGAUCCAUUUAACAGUUAUGUGGUGUAUAUCAUCAUUUUUGGGACGGUUAUUUUGAUCACACUGCAUCUUUUGGUGGCUGUUGUGGCUUCGAGAGUUGUGUUUGGAAGGUUGUAUGGUCUUUUUGUGGUGCUUUUAUAUGCGAUCAUUGUUAUAGGUAGUCUUGUGUUCUCUGUGUUUGUCAAAAAAUAA